AUGCAGCACCCAAACCAGCAGCAGCAGCAGCAGCAGCAGCAGCAGCAGGACGACGAGCAGCAGCAGCAGCAGCAGCAGCAGCAGCAGCAGCAAGAAGAGAGCUGGAGAGCAGCAGCAGCAGCAGCUGCUGCUGCAGCAACAGCAGCAGCAGCAGCAGCAGCAAGUUCAGCAGCAACGGUCUCUUUUCCUGCUGCAUACCUGAAGAAGAAAUGCUGUGUUCUCCUCUUUUUCAGUUCGACGCAGAAAACCCAAAUUUCAUCGCCAGAGCUAUCCUCGCCUUCAUCACCAGACCAUAACAAACACCAGCAGCAGCAGCAGCAGCAGCAGCAGCAAGAGCAGCAGCAAGAGCAGCAGCAAGAGCAGCAGCAAGAGCAGCAGCAAGAGCAGCAGCAAAAGCAGCAGCAAGAGCAGCAGCAGGACCAGCAGAAACAGCAGCAAGAGCAGCAGAAAUAG